AUGAGUUUCAGAGGCCGUCCAUUGACAGACUCAGAGCGUGCUCGAGUCUUUGAGUUCCAAGAGUCUAUUCAUUAUUCACCAAGUCAUGUUAUGCUUCCAAAGGCAAUGUUAAAAGUCAUUCCAUCAGAUUAUUUCAAUUCAGAAACUGGCACACUAAGAAUCUUAACUGAAGAUGAAUGGAGGGGUCUUGGUAUUACACAAUCUUUAGGUUGGGAACAUUAUGAAACACAUGGUGAGUAUUGCGCUGUUGAUGAUGCUUUAAACUUCCCAUAA